AUGUUUAUAUGGUUACUUUUGAUGAUAUUUCCCCCUAUAACAAUUACCAUUCUACUGGUAGUUGUUGUGGCAUCAUUUGGAGGGACAAUAGGUGUACGGGAAAUGUUCGUCGAAAUGUUGCUGAGAAUAUUUGAGUGGGGUUCCACGAGUUCAAAUGACGAAGUCAUCGCAGAGAUUCCACGGGAUCCAUCUUCCACGUCAAUCUCACCUGCUCGUGUGAAAAAACGGCACUCCUCUGGAGAUCUUGGUAUCAUUCAUCGCGAAAAAUCUGAACUGAUUGACUCCAAGCUUCAUUCAAAAGAUGAGCCUCAGCAGAGGCAAACCACUGUUAGUGUGGUUGUGGAUGACAGCAUUGAUUUCAUAACGGCUGGUAUUGAGGCCAUUAUUGAGGAUCAAGUUACUAGUCGUUUUCGUGCAGAGCAAAUCCCAUCAUGGAAUCUACUCACCAGGACACGAUAUUCCUUCCAAUAUAUAAACUGGAAGUUGACCUUGUUGUGGGUAGGCGGCUUCCUCUUCCGCUACCUCCUUCUCGUUCCAAUACGAAUAGUGUUGUUCAUUCUUGGAAUGACCACAAUGUGUGGAGUGUGUUAUCUGGUGGGACAUAUUCCCAACUUAAGAGUCAAGAAAUUCCUUAAUCGGCAUGUUAUGCUUGUAUCAAUGCGGAUAUUUUCUCGCUCUUUCUCGAGCAUUAUUCGAUUUCAUGACAGGGAAAAUCGUGCCAAAAAAGGUGGUAUUUGCGUUGCUAAUCAUACCUCACCAAUUGACGUUAUGGUGUUGAGUUGUGAUAACUGUUAUGCUAUGAUUGGACAAAAACAGGGAGGAUUUCUUGGGUUUAUUCAAAAUUCUUUGAGUCGUGCUGAACAUCACAUUUGGUUUGAAAGGAGUGAAGCUGCAGACAGGAAAAAGGUGACUCAGAGGUUAAGAGAGCAUGUACAAGAUGAAAGCAAACUACCAAUUAUAAUUUUCCCUGAAGGAACAUGCAUUAACAAUACGUCUGUGAUGAUGUUCAAAAAAGGAUCAUUUGAGAUUGGCAGCACAAUCUAUCCCAUAGCGAUGAAAUACGACAGUCGGUUGACGGAUGCAUUCUGGAACAGCAGUGAACAAUCCUAUGGGGAGUAUCUUUGGAGAAUGAUGACUUCAUGGGCUAUCAUCUGUGAUGUGUGGUAUUUGCCUCCAAUGACCAGAGAACCGGGUGAGGAUGCGAUUGCAUUUGCGAGGAGAGUGAAGAAGGCUAUCGCCAAGAAAGGAGGCCUCGUCGAUUUGGAAUGGGACGGCGCUUUGAAGAGGGAACGGGUCUCCUCGAAGUUGGUACAACUGCAGCAGAAGCUUUAUUACGACCGGUUAGCUAGAACGACAACCAUAAAUAACAUUACAGAUGAUGAGAUGCGAACAGAUGUAUUAGACAUUAUGCAGUCAAUUAGCGAAGAAGACCGGAAUACUUUGAUGAAAGAAAUUGAUGAAAUUGAUGACGACGCAGCCAUCAUUCGAAAGGUUACCGCUUAUAGACAAGACUUACGAAAUUUCUCUGAAGCUCAUGGAGCAACAGUAGAACCAGAUUCGAAAGAUGUCUUAUAA